CGCUGAUUAUCGUCCCUCGACGCCCUUCGCAUACCAAGUACUCAAUUCAUCCCAUGCCCAUACCGCGUCCUUGCUCCCUCAACGCGUGAGAAACUUCUCUCGUUUCCCUACCUCUGGCUGUACCGCCUUACCCUGGUCAUGCUCGCCCUCCCCCGCAAUUACCUCGAAAGACACGUUCCAACUGCGACCCUCAUAUUAUUAACCUUCGCCGUGCCCGGCGCGCAUGCUUCCCCCGUGGCACAAACUCUCGCGCUCGGAAAUCAGCGCGCCCGACGCGAACCUCGCCGCCUCGGUGCGAACCCCGGCGCGCUGGGCGCUCAAUCUUCGCGACGGGCGGGGCAUCCUGCGGCGCGAUGGCCAUUCUGCGGCGCGAUCGCCCCGCAGGGAAAGAAGCGCCAUUCAGCCAGACGUAACCCCUUCAGUCAGACGCAACUCGCCGAAGAAUUCUCGCCUUUGCUCGCCAGUUCGACAGCUUACACGGACAGGAUGCGUCAGGCACGGGCGCGCGGCGCUGCAGCUGAGCCCUGGGGUCCUGGAAAAUCGCACUUUGCGUGCUCCCGAAGGGCACGGGCUCCGUCUUGACAUUCACGGUAUCGCAUUUGGGGCACGAGCUCCGUACGCAAGGGCACAGGCUGCGUGCUGGCAUCGACAAUAGGGCACGGGUUCCGUACUGGACAAUACUUAUCACGAUUCGAGCGGCUGUCUGGACCGACAGGAUGCAUUGAAAGCUUAUUGUGAGGAAGUAACGGCUUCGCUGAAGGGUGGUAUUCUCAGACUGAAGGGCCGCUCGUGAAUCAUCAGCAGCUCUAUUGCGCCCACCAUUCAAUUCUUAUCUGCAACUUACCGCUCUCGUCGCGCGAAAGACCGAUAGGCAG